AUGAUAACAAAGUACUUUACAAAGGUCUUUGUUAGAUUCAAUCCCUUUGGCAAGGAUGCAAAAACUGCUAGAAUGAUUCUAUCCGCUAUUCCCCCCAAACAAAGAACCCUAGGUACGAAACUCCAAACGGAGCUACUGAAAGAUUCAGACAGUGCAGGGCCCAUCAUUAAAGUCACCUUUAAGGAUAAGAAAGAGAUGGAAGCUGAUCCGUUGAAGAUGACUUUUCAAGAGUUAUCAAACUAUCUGGACACACAUUCACGAAAGCUGCGGUUGAACAAAACGAUACAGAACAGUUAA